ACAAUCUGCUCACUGAGCUGUGACCACCAUAGGCAUUGUGCUCCAGACAAAAAGCAGGGAUACAGGGGGUACUGGGAUGAUACAUGGAGUAAGGGGUAUAGCAGCGAGGGAAGAGAAUGAAACGGAAAACAUGAAUGGCAGUGGAGCCUAAGGAGCCAACAACAACAAAAAGGCAGAGUGAAAACAAAAACACAGAGUGAAUGAGAAAGGGAAAGGCAAAGAGCACGCACAAGGGAAAGAGAAACGUAAGGGGAGCAAGGAAAAGCAGAUUGACAGAAGAAGCAGAAGCAGCAACGCGAACAAGGGGGAGAGAGAGAGAGAGAGAGAGAGAGAGAGAGAGAGAGAGAGAGAGAGAGAGAGAGAGAGAGAGAGAGAGAGAGAGAGAGAGAGAGAGAGCAGGAGGGAGAGAGAGAGCGAGAGAGGGAAAGGGAGAGGGAAAGAGGGAAUGAGCUGAGUCCACAGCAACUGCACAGAAUCCCUCUUACGCUAACGCAGUAAGAGACUGCCUGUGGUAGUGACAAAGCUUUCCUGGAUUACAAAAUUAUGCUGUCUUCAGCUCCGAGGACAGGCACCAUAACUGUGAGCACACGCAGUAAGACUGCAAGGCUGUGGUAAAAAAAAAAAAGAGGGAACGAUCUGAAGGUGGAGGAGAGAGAUUUGCAAACACCAUCUGUGGAGCUGUGUAGGAGACGUCCACUUACACAGCGAAGCUGCUGCCUCUGCUUCUCCCUCUCCAGGCUGCAUACCCUUCUCAAGGUUGAGGUCACUUGAGGCAACAGAGCAGUCUCGGGACGCCCUGUUGGUUCACUGAAGAAGGAGAGAGACACCAUGUGACUGCUAGAUGCCACCUGUAGAAAGAGGCAGUAUGCUCCUCUUUGACCUGACACUGUUGCUCUGCAUUUGCUCAUUGCCUUGCCCUCUUCAUGGUCUCUGGUUCUUAGACAAUCAAAUCACAGCCCCACCACAGAAGAAUUCCGAUAAGAAGGGAGGUGGAUUUUGGAAUUCUCUUCCAUCAGUGGGCGACAUUGCAGGCCUUCCACAGACCUUUUUGAGUUCCUCACUGGAGGUCCUCAACAGGGCAGUGGAUACGUCCGUAAUCACCAGUACCACAAAGGCCCCUAGAAGUCCCCCCUUCAUACCAGAGCUGAGCACCUCUUACAUUUCGUUGUCCACACAGACAGGGACUGAGACCACCACCACACUGCCGAGUACAGAGUCAAGCUCUAUCUUAGGUGAUCCCAAUGGGACAGAUAAAACAGCAAAUAACAAUUCAGGUCAGUACAAUCAUAUGCCUGUUGACAUAAACACUGAAACGAGUUCCAUAGAAGGGUCAGAUUGGACUAACACUUCAUACCUUCCAACACAGACCACUUCACUUCCAAAAACACCAUAUAGCCCCCCUGUACAAGGCACAGUGUCUUCUCACACUGCAAAAAAAUCUUACCAUUUGCUCAGAACCAGAAAACCCAAAGUAACAAAUACACCUGACACACAUCGUGACUCUAACUUCGAUUUGGACCUAUGGCCACCAACUAACACAAGCAAGAAAGGCGCUUUCCACAGAAUAUCUGAAGUAGGCCUAUAUGAUACCCAAGAAUACCUAGCACCCACAGAAAUCCCUUUCAAGACAGAGACCACCACCAUAAGUAUGACAUAUGGUUCUCAAAGUGAUGCUCCCAAACACAAUUUUGGAUUACCCUCAUCAUGGACAUCAUUACAAAAAGAUUUUACAACUUCUUCUAUGCCAACUGUUGCUAAGUCAUCAUCUUCCAGUGAAAACGAUCUUACAGCCCAGUCCACAACCCAGGGAAAAGAUAUUGUCAAUGCAGUACAGUCUGUUGUCCCUUGGAGUCCUCAUUAUGAGGAUAAAGACAGAAAACUUCAACCUCAGCAGGAACCAAUGGGAGUGACAUCACCAACAAGGCUUGGAAACAGAGAAGAGUGGAUGGAUGCCACACUGGGGUCUACAACAGCUUUGCCUUUUACACAUGAGCCAGAGGAAAAUGAAGGUAGUGACACAACUGUUACCAUGGCUACGAAUGGAGCUGGAAAAGAGCGUUCGUCAUCCAGUACCACUUCACCACUCCAGAAUGCUGACACAACACUCCAACCAACAGAGGAGGACUGGGGGACCGCUCCAUCAGACAGCAACGUUUCCCUGCUCCCCGACUGUAACUCCGAGCAUUCUGGGAUCUGCAACACCAGCGAUAACUGGGACUCCAUGUUCCCAUCUCACAAGGAUGCUCCAAACACCACAAUGUUUGUCAACAACCAGUCAAACGUCAGAUUCCCGAUGCCAGCUUCUGCAACAUUUGUAGGGCUCUACUCGGACUGGAAUAGUGCCAUGGCAACAUGGGGACUGGCUUGGGAGGCGCAUAUUUACGGCCUGGGUGUGGUGUUCUCUUUGGUCACCCUUUCCUCAGCCCUAAACCUCCUUUGUCUGCCUCUGCGUUGCCCAUCAGGAUGUGGCUAUUUUGCUCUCGUCAGCAUCUUCCUGCUGGCAGCUGGCAGCACCAGAUCCUUCGCCCUGCUCUACGACGCUUACGGGUACCAGGACCGGCUGGCCUCUACCGAGGCGUCCCUCUUGUUAUAUGAAGCUCCCUACCCGUGCAUGACGGCAGCGUUUGGCCUAGUGUUCUUGCUGCUCUCCAUGCGAUCGAGAAUGCAGCUGUCCUACUCAGCCUUCCAAAGGCCUUGUUUCUUAGCCUGUUUGGUGUUGCUUCAUUUCACAGCAGUGUUUGGCCCCGUGAUGUUGCUCAGUGCAGAAAAGCAGGGCGCGCCAGUCUGCCUCUUCUACUCCCUGCUCUCCAGGGGCGCUUUUGUGGCCAUGACCCUGUUUCUUUCCACCGCUUACUUUGUCUUCUACUUUUACGUACGGGCCGACUCUAAGCACAUCUACCACCUCAACAACACUUCCCCUACGCCAGCAGAGCGCUACAACCGCUGUCCCUUCGCAGAGAGUCAUGAGUGGGAGCGAGCAGCAAUUGCGGUUUUCCUCUCCGCCAUCCUCUCCCUGGUGUGCGCUGGCCUGCAGCUGUAUGGCAUCAUUCACGCCCUGGGAUUUGCUGGCGGUCCAGAGGUCUUCACACCCUGGCCCUGGUGGUCUUUUCAGCUGAGCUGUCGGAUUUGCGAGGCCGGAGUGUACCUUGCCCUCGCCAUGGUAGUGGCGCAGCCAAUGUACUGUUCAGACCACCUGCUGCAGCAAGGUGACUGCUGGACAGAACUCCUGGCUGCCAAGUCUCCCAUCAUCCCCGGGACGUACCAGUGGACCUUGAACCAGCAAGAGAAACUAGCCAUUUGUGAUACCAUUUGUGGACACGGAGAGACAGAGUGUCUUCCCUUGUACUCGUUGGUCGACGAGCAACUCGGCAGCAGCAUAAAUGGAUUGGACCUUUUGUAUCAUAGCAACCGUGCUCUGGCCUAUCGAGAUUUUGACCUCGACUCCGCCAAUGUGAUUCUCGACACAAACGAGUCGUCCUGCGGCAGCGACUCCACCACUGACCUGAGGCCGCCGUCGCCAAUCAACCUGCGCCGCAGCAUUGACGAGGCGCUCUUCAGUGAGGACCUCUUCCCAACCAGCCUUUUCAGCCCCAUCAGGCCGUUCAGCUGCACUGACCGAUCCUUUGACACCCACAACGCCCUCGAAGCUCAGUCCAGCUGCUUCACCCUACCCGUCAGGGAGAACAUCCCAUCAGACUCUGGUCUGUUCAGAACCUCCUCGUGCAUGGAGAUCCUCGUCCCCAAAGGCUCUCUACCCAACUGUAACCAAAAUGAAGCAUCCACACAGAUGGACGCACCACCUGCUGCCAUAUUGUCUAGCUGCUCCUCCCCUGAGGCCUGGCGGGGACGUUCCUCAAGCACCAACUCACCAUACAGAUCCUCUCUGGCCGACUCGUCGUCAGUUCUGUGCUCCAGCCCGACAGCAAACCCACUACACUCCCCACUCAGCAGCUCAGGCCCAGCAAUGUUCUCCGACUAUCAGAAUAAGUACCGUAAUUUGUGUCCUGCGUCACAGAAUAGUGGAGAUCAGUCUACAGAGCUGGACCAGUCUGUAAAGGAGGAGUUUAUUAGUGUGUGUCGGCAGAUAGAUUCGUUGAGCAUCUGCAGUGAAACUAUUGACUUGUGAAUUCACACAAGCAGGCUAUUUCUAAACACACAAUUUGAAAAAGUGUGCGUUUCUUUUCACAAAAUGCUUAUAUAAAACUGAACCAAUCAAUAUACUUACUCUAUUAUCAGGUGCUAAAAACAAACGUUUUAGUGGGAAUGGUUAUGUAUUGUGUUGAAUGACGGUAGAUUGUGUGUGGAUUCAAAGUACAGUUUAGCUUGUUUAUUGAAUCAACAUCCAAAUGUGUUGGAAACUAUUGAUUUGAAGAAAAAAAAGGAUGUGGGUGUUAUUGCAUCAGAGAUUCUUCAACUGAAUGAGAAUCUUGUACUUUCUUUUCAUUUUGUGGAGAUACUUCUAAGCUUGAUAUCUUUUUGAGGGCCCCAUGAAUGCAGAGCUAAUGUAUCUAAUAUAAAUGAGGCCCUUUCCUGGCUAAUAAAUAUAUUUCUACAAUAGUCAUAAAACAACACUGGCACCAAGGACUGUGAAACCUAACCCUUGUAUAUAUUUUUUCAAAGAUAAAAGUAUAGUACAUGCAGUGUUUGAGAGAUUUCUUAUGAGUGGUAUUGGUGGAUUACUGCACACUUGUUUGUACAACACAAUAUUGUGAUCAAUAUAAAUACUGUGACUAAUAACUACUGAGGUAUUACAUGACUUAAACUAUAUUCAAAUUUAAAAAGGUUUAAAAUGUAUUCAUAUUUUAUAUAGAUAUACAUAUUCAAUAAAUACUGAAGGUAUAACUACUUCAUUUCAGUUUUGUACCAUUUCGUACUGCUUGAGAAGUGUUGCUUUGUGGAAAAUAUCAUUCUAUACAUAACGGGUUUCUCGUAUGCAGACAUUUUGGCUGUGCGCACAGCUGAGGAUGCCUCAGAUUGUUUGGGAGCUGCUGUCAUUCAAUAAAUGCACUUAUAUGAUUGGCUGCUUUGCGAAUUACUCCUCACAUCGCACAGGUUUGUAAAUGAGAAACCCAAGUAUUGAAGCAGCAUUAUACCGCCCCCUUAUGGUGGCAUUAGGAACAUGCUGUCAAAAAUAGGCUGCUAUAUUGUACCGAUUGUGAUCAGAUGGUUCAUACUUUGAAUAUGAUAACCUAUUUCUCUUCCAAGAUUUAUAAUAGUCAAUAUUGUAAGCAAAAAGAAACACAUGUAGAUUUCCACAUUUUCAGUGUGCAUGUUAUCU